AUGUCACAAGUUUCUCUAAAAUUGUCACUGUUAGGGCUUUUGGUGAUCGCUAUCGUGACUCCAUCGGCCAACGCUAUAAGGAAGCCUGUCGUUCUCGGAGGGAAAUCAGAUGUUCCGAAUGUUCAGACCAACAUGGAAGUUCAAGAACUUGGAAGGUAUUGCGUGGAACAAUUUAAUCUACGGGAACAGAGCGAACAAGGAAACGUAGCAUCAUCCAUUACAGACACAGCUGUGUUGAAUCCGUUGACGUUUAGCCGAGUUGUGUCGGCUCAGCAACAGGUCGUGGCUGGUCUCAAAUACUAUCUAAGGAUUGAAGUAACUCAGCCCGACGGUACGAGUAGGAUGUUUGACUCAGUUGUGGUGGUUCAACCAUGGCUCAAUUCUAAGACGUUGCUCGGUUUCACUCCUGUCUCUACUCCUAUCUACUAA